AUGUAUCGAUUGAAAGGUCUUACUGCUUGUUUAUCAGCAGCGACAGUAGGAUUCACAUGGCAUGAAUCAGACACACAAGCACGCCAUAUAGCACUUGCACUCCAAAGAGUCAGCGUAGCAUCCGAUAUUGGUAUUCGGGUAGCACUCGAUUACAAAUGGACAGAAUUAAGAUCGCAUCGAUCAGAGCAAGAUCAGAUAGAAGCCAAACAACAGUGUCAUCAACGAUGUGCCGAUCGUGUCUUGAUAGGUCUUCAAAAACUAGGUGGCAUCUAUGUCAAAUUAGGUCAACAUGUGUCUGCCAUGACAUACAUCUUGCCUGAUGAAUGGACCCGUACAUUGUCUGCUUUACAGGAUCGAUGUGAGCCUAGUUUGAAGCAAGACAUUGAAGACAUGUUUUUUCAGGACUAUGGCUAUCCCAUGGACUAUGUCUUUGAAGAAUUUGAUUGGCAUCCAUUGGGUGUGGCUAGUCUGGCCCAAGUCCACAAGGCAAAAUUAAGGCAUGGCAACAGGGACUGGGUGGCUGUCAAAUUCCAACAUCCUCGCUUAGAUGAAUUCUGUCGCAUUGAUCUACAAACAGUGUCAUUUAUUAUCCAUAGUAUUAAGCGCAUUUUUCCUGAAUUUGGAUUUGAAUGGAUCUUGCAAGAGAUGCAAGAGAGUUUACCUCAAGAAAUGAAUUUCGAAAGAGAAGCCGCCAAUGCAGCUCAAUUAGAACAGAAUUUUGCCCAUUAUCCAACUGCUUUGGUGGUGCCUAAAGUAAUAUGGGCCAAAAGACGUAUCCUCUGCAUGGAAUUUAUUCAAGGAGCACGUAUUGAUGAUCUUGAAUUUAUGCUGAAGCAUGGCAUUGAUUCAAGUAAUGUAUCUACCGAGAUUACAGAGAUUUUCUCUAAAAUGAUGUUUAUUGAUGGAUUUGUGCAUUGUGAUCCUCAUCCAGGCAAUAUCUUGAUUCGCCCAGCCAAGGAUCCUCAAUCUAAAUUUAACUUUGAUCUUGUCCUACUGGAUCAUGGUCUUUAUCGUACAUUACCAGACCAAUUACGAACAGACUAUGCUCACUUAUGGACAUCCCUUAUUCGAGGGGAUGAAGAAGGUAUCCGCACUUAUGCUCUUCGAGUAGGGUGCACAGACCAUCGGUUGUUUGCUUCCUUAUUAACAGGUCGAGAAUGGUCUACUAUCCAAGCUGCUGAUUUAUCCUCGGAUCGAACAGAGACUGAAGUCAGUCGAGUCACGGGUAGAGCCAAGCAUUUCGUGAUCCGUAUCUAUGAUAUUUUAGAGACCUUGCCUCGGGUUGUCUUAUUGCUGCUCAAAACAAGUGAUUUACUACGAGGAUUAGAUGAAAGCCUAAGAAAGUCGGAGGAUAAAUACAUGACUUAUGCAUUGACGGGCAAGUUUUGUGCAGAAGCAGUCUGGAUGGAUGCCAAAGCCAAUCUGUUAGAGCGUAUUCAUACAUCAGGUUGGUGGGAUUGUUUGGUCUGGAUUCGACAUUUGAUACGUGCUUGGUGGGAAUAUCAAAGCCUUGAGGUUGGUUUAUGGGCCUAUCGAUUUCAAUCAAACACAAGAGAGAAAUGGGCUCUUAUUUGGCAUCGAGGUACCAUGCUUCAAAAUCAAAAAAAGAGACUAGAGGCACAAAAAGAGCUUUUUAUAGAAUAA